CACUCUUUCUUCAUGCAUACAGUUUCUUGACUGUAUUAUAUUCAUACCUGAUCUUCAUUCGUGUUCAUCUGAGGAUUCAGACUAAAUCAGGAUGUUGACCACUGCAGCUCUUAUUCUCAUUGUCACCGCUAAAGUUGUCUUAGGACAGGAUGACAGACGAGCUGUUAAAGGACAGAGAUUUCCUUUAGAUAUGGCAGAGAAUUCAGUUGAUGACCUGUAUGAAGGCUGUACAGAGGAGAUGAAAAAACUGGUGGAGAGAGAAUAUUUUACCAGAGAGAUUGCUGCUAAUAAAUCAGGCUUUGGAGAUGCUUGGGAUCUCGGUAAAACUAAAUUCCCUAAUCCAGAAGAUAACUUAGCUAGAAACCAUUUAAUUGCCAUUUAUGUGUAUACUGGUCGUAUAGAAGGCCUAUAUAAAGAAUUCAAUCAGGAUGUUAGGACCGGUAGAGAGGAAUACCAAAACAAAACAUUCUCAUGGUAUUUACUUUACUAUUGGUUGACACGAGCGAUACAGACUCUUAAUGAAACACAAAAUGGAUGCAAAUUAACUUAUCGUGGUACCUGGGAUACAUUUAAGGGUGAACUGAACUCAGAGAUCCGUUUUGGCUCAUUUGCGUCCUCUUCUACUGAGCGUUCUGUUGCAGAGUCGUUUGGAACUGAAUCUUGUUUUGAAAUCAGAACUUGUCUAGGUGCUAAGGUGACAAAAUACUCAUGGAAACCUAAUCAGAAGGAGGUAUUGAUUCCACCAUAUGAAACAUUUAUUAUCACUAAUAUCAGGAAAGGUAAGAAGAAGGGUAAUAGGUGUAAGACUGUGUUUGAGUUGAAGAGCACUGGAAUAAGAAGUUUCUUAAACUGUGCAUUAGCCAAGCCCAUGAAAUAUCACAAUGUCAUUAUCUCUGACUGAUCAGCAUUUACAUAUUGUAAUUUCUCUUUGAUAUAUAA